AUGUUUGACCCCAUUAUAGAAGCUCUCUGUGCUCUAGAAGCGGACAGUGGAUUCAUUGCCGCUAAUGAACAAGAGCCAGAAGCAGAGCUAACAGAAUCGGACGAAGUUGGCUCUGAACAAGAAAGCCAUUACCAGGCCUCAGUUGGAAUUGGGAUGCUCAGUCUUGCAGCCGAAGCCAUGUCGACUACUUCUGUAGAAGAAAAUCUGAAUCAAACUGCCGCUGCUGACCUUCCUGACGAAGGCGAGUAUCAACGUAUCACCGUAGUUCCGCUUGGUCAACUUCAAACCUUUUAUCGCGUGAAGAUUUUAAAACGAUGGAAGUACGUCCACACCAACGCAAUGGCCGUUGCAUUUUUGCUUGAUCCAGCCACCAACCUCGACGACUUUGUCGGUGAAGAUGAUUAA